GAAAUCGGAUCUGUCUGUCGGAUCUGCUGCUGGUCGUGCUCGUAAAACCAUUUUCUUUUUUCUUCUGUUUUCUGUUUUAUUGGUGUGUUUUCCUCGAUCGCCGACCAUUGAAGUUGAACACCGGUACCGGUACUAGCGCAAGCGAACGAGUGAGUGUGCGUUGACUGGCUUUCGCAAGACCCCUGAAGACCUUCCCGUUGGUGCUUUGGGGAAAAGGGGGCAGCCGCACGAAACACUGUGCAUAGCGAGGAACCGUAAAUUCCGCACUGCCGUACGUAGAGUAACACAUACGCACGCGCGAUCAUCGUUGAUCGCAGCGAGAGUUGCCGCAUCGAGGAAAAGAAGAAAAUAUUUUCACCUGAAAAAAAGAGAAAGAUGAGCGGUGGAACACGAUCGCCAUAUGUGCGAGAUCGUGAUGGCGACGUCGCUUACGUGUCUGGCUGAAAAUGUCCUGUGCAAGUGCAACUGUGUGACAGUGCCCAAAUAGGAUCAAAGUGAAAGGAGGCUGCUGCUGGAAAGUGUGAAAAUUCCAUAAGCAUGAAUCCUCGAUUGUAAGGUGUAGUAUUAUGAUCAGUGUAAGAGUGAGAGGAUCUCGGCUGGAAAGGAAGCCAAAGUCAUAAAAAAAGGCACCCAAGGCGUUGAGAUUAUUUUGCUGCUAAGUUUUAUGCAAAUGGGGUUGGUGUUGGUGGUGAUUACUGUGCUGUGGUGAGUGUGGUGACCGAAAGUGAAAGAAGGGAAGCAUAAACAACAGAAAGGGAAGUUGGUCGCACAAGAACGAUCGAGAGACGACAAGAAGAGACGACGAUCGCUGCUGAUCUUGAAGUAAAAGUGAAACUACACAAAAGCAAAGGAAUUCGAUCGGAUUCGAUUUGUACACGCCAGACUUAGGCAUCGGACAUAUACACAUAUACGGGUCGAACGAAAACAACAAAAACGAACCCGAAGAUUUGAUUUCUUCACGGAAUAGACACCAACCAAGAACAGGAAUUAUCACUACCGGUCGGCAGCGGCAGUCCACCUACGUGUUCCGCAGCUCGUUCCAAUGAAGUCCUCGGAAGAUGAUCAUCCGGCAUCGGUGGGACAAAACACGAAACAACAAAGUGAACGAGAAAAUUAUCAUCACUGCAUUCCGCAAUAGUACAGAGAGAGCGAGAGAGGUGCUCAGUACCCGGCGGAAGCAGCGAUCCCAUUGCCGUCGUCAUCAUAUUUAUUAUCAAAGUACUCGCCCGAACGGAGCCGACCGCAACGUAGCAAAAAAAGAUUGCCAUUAAACCAAAUAAAAAAAUACAUUGUAUAAUAAUAACACACAUAAAUCAACGAAAACUCGCCGAUGAUAGCAACAGUUUCAGUAUGAAAUUGUUUCACAAUAGAAUUGUCAGCGAACAACAAUAAAUCGAAAACGAAAACCGAGGGAAAAACUUGUAUAUCGAAAGCGAAAUCGGUUCCUCGAUCGCCACGACAAAAAGCGAAAGCAAUAAAACGGGGAAAAUUUCGCAAAAAAAAAACAAAUAUGUCAUCCAAACGAUUUAGUAUAGCAAUGAUCACUCACAAAGCGUACGUCUGCAGUCUGAUGGGACUGUUGGUAGUGUCGCAGCUCAGCCACGGAGCUCUAAGUAGUAACUCAGAAGACUGUAACGAAUCCGUCGCCGGAAAAACCAAGAGAUCGGCCUCACCGAUACUGAACGACGUGGGUGGAAACGGGAGAAACAAAGACUUUCUACUGUUCGAGAACAAUGCAGUCGACCAGGAUUCGAAGCCAUCGACGGCGUUGACAGCAGAGACACGACAUCGAAGCGGGAAAGAUUUGCUGGAUGAUUCGUUCCAGCUGAAUAAAAAUUUAGCAAUGAAUUUGACAGGAAAAUCCCUGAAUGCGCCACCCUUCAUAGUGGCCAACAACAUAAACGGACGGCAGAAUUCCAAUCCGGACAUACAGGACAUCAUCACCGGGAUCGUGAAGUUGCUGAAUGGUAACGUGAAUGUUCAUGCCAACACACAACCCACCAGAAGACAUUCGGCAACUCGAAUCAAUAAUCGAGGACCUCCAAGAAUUUCGGAAGCACAACCCGUUCCCAAUGAGUUUGAGAUGGACAUGAAUGUACCGCCAACCUCGUCAAGGCCUCCGUACAAUUUCGAAAGACCGGAAGCCCCGAUUAGACCUUUCCUGACCGGAGUUCCCAUUCCGGAACAGAUCGUCCCCUCUAUGCAGCAGAGCUACCGGCCCGGUUUCGUGUCACAAAAUAGGCCUCCAUGGCAACGACCGAAACCACGACCACCGAUCUCACCGAAUCGCCGGCCAAUGCCGCCAUAUAAACCAUUCCCAACUCAAGUGGACUAUGGUAGACCGGAAAUCGACCACAGCUCGGUAACGGUGGCACCAAGCGAAAGCAAUUCGAUCAGUGAAACAACGGAGAAAUUGACGCCGACUGGCGAAGAUUCGGAGCAAAUUUUCAAACCUCCCGUGACGACUACAACCGAAAAUGACCUACACGAAACUACGACCGAUUUUAUCGUAGAAAUGGAAGACAAAAAACCAGCCAAGAAAAUUGAUAGACAUAGUACGAAACCUUCCAUAACGGAGAUUCAGUAUACGUUCGAAACACCGCCUGGUACGGAUACGACUAUCGAUCCAACCUCAACGUCGUCGAUCAUUUUCCAAACCGAAGUACCGAGCGUCUACGAAAUCAAUUCCAUUGAGUAUCUAGCUACGGCUACGGAAUCCGGUGGAAACAAUUUGCUUCAACCGUCAACCACCGAUUCGUCAUAUACCCAAUCCAAAGAAUCAAUCAUUCCAACACAGACGAUCACAUCGGCCACGAUCUCAACCAACUCGUACACAAGAACGAGUACCGUACAUUCAUCAACAACAACAUACACUACAGAAUAUACCCUAGAUCACUCGACUACUAGUUCUACGGUACCGACACCAACGCUUCCAUCAACACCAACAAUAACAACAACAACACCAACGGCCGUACACUCGACCACUACCGACUACCGGUUCCAUCCUCGCCCAGGUCUCGUUCUUGACGACCCGGAUUUCAAACCGGGCGGCAGUCAUCCCAUGCGCACCCAAAACUUGUACGUCUCGAAACCGGAGAUCCAUUCAUCGACCGGAGUGCAGCUCCCUAACUACGGUGAGAUCUUCGACGUAACGCUAUCCGCUAUCCAAGGUCCGGCUGGAUCCGGCUCGAAGCAAACGGUCAAACUGAACCCUUACUACCACCGUCCCCCGUCGUCGCCGGGUGAUCAGCAAGAAGCGAGCAUCAUCCUGACGGCCAACGGCAGCGAUGGUUUCGUAUCGAUCGAUGGCAAACGUUCGUACAUUGAUCUGUUCGGAGAUUCGAAAACCGCAACCCCAUCGUCUACCAGUGACCAGAUUCAACCCACCAAAACUCUCACUCCGGGUAUCACGGGUACGGGUUAUGCCGUAGCCGAAACGGAAUCACCUCCAGAGCGACCUGCGGUGUCACAACCUCCGACAGGGACAAUUCCACACCCGCCGGCAACCCAACAAACACCGCCGCACCGGCCCAUCCUUCAUCGACCGAAGUAUCCCUUACCACCGGUACGAAUCGACACGUGCAUCGUUGGCGAUGAUUCCACAUGCGAUCAAACCCAAAACGAACGGUGCAAAACGGAAAACGGUGUAUCCAGUUGCCACUGUCGGCCCGGCUAUGCUCGACGGAAACACCGGGAACCCUGUCGGAGGAUAGUUUCUCUGAUGUUGUCGAUGCGUGUCGAUAAAAUCUACGAACGGCGGAUUCAGUGGGACAAUUUGCUUGCCAGCCGGGACAGCGAACGAUUCCAGCAGCUCAGCUACGAAGCGGUUCGAGCGAUGGAUUCCGCUAUGUCGAUGACACCAUUUUCGGACGAGUUCAUGGAGGCACGGGUGAACGGCAUCUACACCACGAAUCCGGCCUCGCAGGGACUGAAAGGAGUGUUCGUCAACUACACGAUCAGCCUGGACGAGAACGCGGAAACGUUGCGACCGCAGCUCAAAUCCGACAUCCAGCGGCACCUGUUGGGGGUGAUCCACCGCCGGAACAACAACAUCGGUAAUUCGGCACUGUACGUCGACAGUCCGACCGGUGCGGUAUCCAGCGUGCAGGAUGUGGACGAGUGUACCUCCGACGACCUGAACGAUUGCGACGAGGACGCCAACUGUACCAACAUGUUCGGGACGUUCCGGUGCGAGUGCGAGUACGGAUACCGGGAUCCGUGGGCCGAUCAGCCACAGCGUGCCGGGCGGGAGUGUUUGUCCUGUCCGGAUUCGUACUGCAAUAACCGAGGUACCUGCAUGUACGACAGUUCCAACAACAAACAGGUAUGCAAGUGCCUCGGCAGCUAUUACGGGACGCAGUGCGAAAUCGAUGGGGAAGUGCUGGGAGUCGCUGUCGGAGCUUCCGUCGCCGCGGUUGUCAUCAUUGUACUGACAUUGAUCUGUUUGAUCAUGUGGAGUCGCAAAUGGCAACGUGAGCACAAAAACGCGAUGGGUAGUCCCGUGUUUGGAUAUAUGGGUGGUGGCCAAGUUAAAACUCCGGUGAUGGGACAAGCUCCCUAUCAGGUGACCCUAGAGGAUCGAAUGCGGUGGGCUCAAAUAGCCGAUGUGAUGGCACAGGCAAAUCAUUAUGCGGCCGAACCGGUGGCACCACCCCGACCAGGAUCUGCAAUGUUCGGAUAUCCGACAUUACAGACGAUCGGCAAUAUGAACACACUGAGUAUGCACGGAACGUUGCCUCCCAUGCACGCGGCCACUCUGCCGCCAGUCCCUCUGCCAAGGCAUAUGAUGUUGUCCUCGAACAGGGGUCUCGGACUCAACCGGAACGGCAUGCGAACUUUGGAGAACUCCAGCUCCAGCGAAGAAGAAGACCGAGCCGAUCUGCUCGGCAGGAAUUUCAACGUGCCACGUCCCAAGAGUCGAAGCAAUGCCAGCGUUACUUCAGGAAUCUACUACGAUGUGGAUUACGCCCCAGCCGGAACCGAACAGCUGUACGGUAUGAGCAGUACUCUCGGAGGCAGUACUCCGGUGCCGACUUCCAAGGCCCAGAGUAGCAUACCAAUGAGCACCUACACAUCCAACAGUCGACCAAUGCAAUCAUCGUACUACAAAUGAGGUGAUUCUGCAAACAAAAAAAAAUUAACAAAGGACAGUGAUAAGGAGGAAUGCAGAGAAAUACUGUAGAAAUUCCAGUGAACACGAUGGAAGUAUGUUCAGAAUCUCGAUUAGGAAUCUCAUGACCCGAGGGAGGUGACCGACUGUUGAAGAGAUUCGAGGCCAGCGAAGAUCCUCUUCAUUCAGUUUUAGUUUUAUGCAUUAGUGUUGUAUAAUCACUAAAUUCUACAGAUACGGAGCUAUUAUUAGAUAAUCGAUGGAAUGUUUUUUGUAUAAAUAGAAGAACCUAACACGCUUACGAGCGGCAAUUGUAAUGUUUAGUGUGUAAACAAAACGAAAAAAGCGAAAACGGCGCCCAAGUCGAAAAUAAUUCACAUUGGUAGUGAACGUGCUUUUUUCUUAGCAUAUAAAAUGGAAAAAGAGAAAAAGAUAUUGUAGCAAGUAUUAUUAAUAAAUUUCUAGGAGUCGUGUUAACAUUUUUUCAUUUAUUUGAAUGAAUUUCCUGAAGUCACAU